CCAACAUCCAACCCAAUCACAAUGGCAGGUUAUCCUCCUCAGCAGCGUAAGUAUCCGCAAAGAAACUCACAAGAAUGGCUUGAAGGAUCACAAUUGCUGCACAGUAGCAUUCAUGCUCACCCAUCCCACCUCUCAUCACAUUCCUUUCCCUUUUCAGAUUUUGCUGCUCCACCACAACCCGGUCCGUAUGGCCCACCUCCUCCAGGCUACCCUAUGCAUCAUGGUGGUCCACCAAUGCAUCAUGGCUAUCCACCUCCAAUGCCACCGCCCGGAGCAGGAGGUCCAUAUCAAUCACCCUAUCCUCCGGGAGCUGGUCCAUCCGGUGGACCUUGGGCUGAUUCGCAUUUUGAUCAUCAUCCUCCGCCUCCAGGAUCGAUGCAUGGUCCACCUCCUCCUCAACCACAACAGCCACCACCACCUCCUCAGUCGCAACAACAACAAUCACAACCUGGACCGCCAUCUAUGGCAAGACCAGGAGGAUAUGGAGGAGCAAAUGGACCGCCGCAAGGACCCCAUUCUCAACCCAAUCCGGGCAAUGUACCACCACCACAUCCUCAAGGCAUGCAACAUCAAGGUCAACCACCUUAUGGCGUAAUGCCGCCUCGUGAUUAUCCUCCUGCACCCAGACCUGGGCCAUCACAAUCAGGUCCACAGAUGGGUCCUGGUGGGCAAUCACAACAAUCCAGGCAACAGCAAGGACCUCCUCAUGGAUUUUCACCUAGUACGCCAAGACCAUCAGCAUCUACAAAACGAGCAAAUGCUGGAUCUUCCUUACGCGAUAAAGAGCGUGGUACAGCCGGCGGAGGCAAUACGGGCAAGAGCGGAGGUCAAAGGCGAAGCGGUAAAGGAGGAAGAGGAGAAACAGCAAAUGCAAAAGCUGAAGCGGCAGCUGCAAGAGCAGAAGCAGCAGCAGCGGCUGCAGCAGCACAAGAUGAACCGGUACAAGAAAUCGUUGAUCGUAUACAUAGAGUUCAUUGGGAUACGGUGGAUAAUCGAGAUUUGCUAUACAAUGAAAUGCAACAUGCAUUAGCACAAACGGGCUCAGUCUUAUUGCUUUCGCCUGCACUUUCACGACCUUAUCUGCUCGCAUUGCACAGACUGACGCUGGAAAGGGACGCUCAAUUGAGACAAAUUGCUUUAUUACAUGCACAUCAAGUGGAAAAUCGCAACAAGGUGGAAGAUGAGGCAAGAAGUGCGAAAAAAGCGCGAUUGAGAGAAGAUAAAGAAGGCGGUGAAGGAACAUCUGAUGCUUUGUUGGAUCCUUCUUCUAGAGCACAUGCUACGCGCAAAUUGCGAAACAAAGGUCCUGGCGCUUCCCGUCGAAGUCUUUCGUUAAGAGGAAACAAUGGCGCUUUAGGACUAUCUGGAUCGGGCAGUGACGGAGAUGGAGCUUCGACGCCCAAAGGAGCGGGUAAUGGAAAUAAUGCUGAAACUGCUGCUCAUCCACUAUUGAGCUCUUUGCUUGAAUUGACAGGAUUGGCAGGCAGCAACGGGCAAGUAACAUCUCUACCGCCAAGCAACUUUGAUGCUCUGACCAGCGGAGCUGCAAGUGCUACUUUGUUGCAUUUGGGUGUUGGAGGUGGAAUGGGCGAUUCAAGUUAUAUGGCCAAUUUACGCGCAAAUUUACAAAGUCAUGGCAAAGGAAAGAAAAAGACCUCAGCAUCCAACAAAACCACAGUAAAUGGUGUAAGCACGGGUGUUGCUGGAGGAGGAGCUGCGAUCGAUACAGGCGUUCUGGCAAGCGGCGAAGAGGAUGAUGAAGAUAGUAAUUCUCGUUCAAUGGCAGCAGCAGCAGCUGCCGCCGCCGCCGUUGCUGCAGCAACAAUGGUCAACGGUACAGGCCGACUACGAUGGGAUCAAGGAAAGAGUGUAGGACAAUUGACGAGCGCAAAAGAUAUCGAAAUUGAAUCGGAUUUGAUCAAUAUACGAAAAGUCGGUAAUAAGCGCAGAAGGCGGUGAGGUGGUUCAGAUUGCCUCAUUGAUCAUGCUUGAUCCGCUCUUCCUUGCAACCUUUUGUAUUUGUUCUUCUAU